ACUGACUCGAAUAGAUCCCGUUUAAAUAACCGUUAAAGGGGCUUAGGAGACGGACCGCGUCUUCACCACAACCUGUGUGGACUGUUCUUCUUUCUUUUUUCCUUUCUUUCUGAAGAGCUCACUCACCUGGACGCUGUCUGAAGUGUCUCACCUUCUCCACAGCACCUUCACUCCAAUUCAAACAACCAAAACAAAUCCGCAGAGCAUUCUCUUCUGGCUUCAUGUUGUUGUUGUUGUUGUUGUUGUUGAAGAUGAGGGAUGUAUUGUGCUUUCUUCUCUUCAUGAUGGUGGCCCUCGGCUCGGGCGUGGCAGGGUGCCCGAGGGCGUGCGAAUGCCCUCCUGAGCGCCCCGUGUGUCCUCCAGGUGUGAGUUUGGUACCCGAUGGCUGCGGGUGUUGUAAGGUUUGCGCUGCUCAGCUAAACCAGGACUGCCACGAGGGCCGACCGUGUGAUCACCACAAGGGGCUCGAGUGUAAUUACGGCAACGACGUGGGCAGCACUCGCGGAAUCUGCAGAGCCAAACUGGAAGGCCGCUCGUGUGAGUAUAAUGGCCGUGUGUACCAGAACGGCGAAGACUUCCACGCCGGCUGUAAGCACCAGUGCACGUGCAUCGACGGUGCUGUAGGCUGUGUGCCCCUCUGCCCUACAGAAGUGCUCCUGGCGUCACCUGCCUGCCCCUCACCGAGACUGAUUAAAGUGCCGGGACAGUGCUGCCCCAGUGUGGACUGCCAUCGCGGCUCCUCAGUGCUGCCCCCUGUCUACAGAGUCCCGCAGCUGCCCCCAUACAUCUACCCUCACCUCGCACCCUACCCUAAAGCCUUCCCCAAGCUUUACCCGAAGAAUUACCCACCCAGGCCAGAGGACACACUGAGUAAUGAGCUGAUGGACUUGGGGAGGAAGUGGGAGAAGCCCCGUAGUCACAAACGUAUGACAGCCUGGAAGAAACUGGGAAGCCCAGACAAGUGUGCGGUCCAGACUACGAAGUGGUCGCCGUGCUCUCGGAGCUGUGGUAUGGGAGUGUCGUCACGCGUCACCAACCAGAAUGCUCAGUGCAAGCUGGCAAAGGAGACACGCCUGUGCACCGUCAGACCCUGCAGCUCCAUGGCCGUGCCCGUAAAGAAAGGGAGGAAAUGUUCUCGCACACAGAAGUCUCCCGAGCCGCUACGUCUCCACUACGCAGGCUGCCGCAGCGCCCGUCUGUACCGGCCCAACUACUGCGGCGUUUGUCGGGACGGCCGCUGCUGCUCCCCGCGCCGCACCCGCACUUCAUCCGUGGUCUUCUCCUGCCCCGACGGCGAGCGCUUCGAGAAGGCCGUCAUGUUCAUCCAGUCCUGCAAGUGCAGUGACCAGUGCGACCACCUCAACGAAGCCUCGCUCCCGCCGCAGCGCUGGCUCUACGGAGACACUCACAAGUUCAUGGACUAGCCGUCUGGCCUCCGUGCAAAUCCGCCCCUUCCUUUUCCCCCCAGCCAAUCCCUGAUAGAGUAGGCGUACGUCUCAAGAGCAGACGUCAAACUGAUGGCCUGGAAUCGCAAACGCUUCUAGACGGACUGAGAGCUUGGACAAGCGGACGAGAGCCGCAAGGAGUAUUUAGUAUAGUGAACUUGUAGUGUACACUUGUAGUUUAUUCCAUCACAGAUUUGGUGAGAAUCACUGAAGGAACCUGGUGGACAAGUAAAGGAUAUGAUCUUAGGAAGACAUUUUGUAUUAGACCUGCAAAAGCAACGCACCCUCAAUGAAAAGCUGAAAAGACUGUUGGACUAGCGGACUAGUGUGAGAAUCUGUGAUUAGGGUUGGACCUGAAACAAGUGUGUCCUUUUAACACAGGAAAAACUUCACAGUGGGAAAUAUGCUUCUCAAGAUUGUUUUCCAUUUGCCCCAGACAAAAAAGGACAGAUGGGAUCAUGGGAUAAGCCCAUAAACUCUAUCAACAGCUUUUUUUAUAUAUAUGCAGCUAUUAUAAAGAUAUGAUGGUAUUUAUUGUGUGUAAGAUGAAUCAGCAGCUCUUUGCCAGUUGGUGGGAAGGAGCUCACACUUCACACGACAAAGGGAAAUGUGAUGGAUUCCUGGACCUAAAACAGACUUGUUGGCCCAGGAUAGAAGAAUGUGGCCUUACUCCACGUGAACUUGACUUUGACCCUGAGUCCCGGUGCCAGAGAUUUUCCUUUAUUUGAGCCUGAGGAUCCUGGAAAAGAAAAAGAAAGCUUCACCAAAUGCCCUGGCAUUCUGGAGUCCACACGGCGAGCCUCUGACUCUGUGCAAAUUACAAUCCUGGGAGCAGCAGCCCUCUGGUUUUGCUGUUUAAAAAAACGUUUUAAAAAAUGCCAGCGUAUGAAGUAAACAUGUAAUUUAAAAAUGAGGAGCAGGGGCCGCUCCCGAUUCUCUCUGUAAUCUAGCGAACCAUGCCUGAAGCCCAGGCAGACGAUGCUCGUGCUCUCGUGUGUCUUUAUGACAUUGCGGUCUCCGUUUCGGUCUCCUGGCUCUGAUACGCAAGACGCUGGAGGUGACAUCACCCUUGUUAGCGAGACCAAAAACCAACACACAAAACAUCAAGAGCUGGAACCAAGUACAUCAGUCCUGGGAGGCUUAGCUCACACACGAUGGCAGAUUUAAACUGUAGAAAUAUAUUCACCAUCGAUGGCUUGAUGUUCGUGGUGUUCACGCUAAAUGUGUGUGUGUGUGUGUUUUAUUUGUGCACCUUCACAUUGCUUUGAACAGUAUCCACAUUACAUACUGUAUUAUAAUAGGAAUGGUUUGGUGAAAAAUCAAACUUACUCUAAAUGCAGUGGAUUAGAAUAGUGGUUGGUGUCCAACAACUAAAAUGCUACUUUUGGCUGCUUUGGCUGUAACUAUAACAAUGUUCUUAUUGUUAAGACGUGACUGGUGAUGAGGUAAAGAUUGGUGCGACUGUGGUGAUGAGGUAAAGAUUGGUGCGACUGGUGAUGAGGUAAAGAUGGUGAUGAGGUAAAGAUUGGUGUGUCUCUGGGGAUGAGGUAAAGAUUGGUGCGACUCUGGUGAUGAGGUAAAGAUUGGUGCGUCUCUGGGGAUGAGGUAAAGAUUGGUGCGACUGUGGUGAUGAGGUAUAGAUUGGUGUGACUGGUGAUGAGGUAACGAUUGGUGCGACUGUGGUGAUGAGGUAAAGAUUGGUGCGACUCUGGUGAUGAGGUAAAGAUUGGUGUGACUGGUGAUGAGGUAACGAUCGGUGCGACUCUGGUGAUGAGGUAAAGAUUGGUGCGACUGGUGAUGAGGUAAAGAUGGUGAUGAGGUAAAGAUUGGUGUGUCUCUGGGGAUGAGGUAAAGAUUGGUGCGACUCUGGUGAUGAGGUAAAGAUUGGUGCGUCUCUGGGGAUGAGGUAAAGAUUGGUGCGACUGUGGUGAUGAGGUAUAGAUUGGUGUGUCUCUGGGGAUGAGGUAAAGAUUGGUGCGUCUCUGGGGAUGAGGUAAAGAUUGGUGCGACUGUGGUGAUGAGGUAUAGAUUGGUGUGUCUCUGGGGAUGAGGUAAAGAUUGGGGUGACUCUGGUGAUGAGGUAAAGAUUGGUGCUACUCUGGUGAUGAGGUAAAUAUUGGUGCGACUCUGAGGAAGAGAUAAAGAUUGGUGCUACUCUGGUGAUGAGGUAAAGAUUGGUGUGACUGGUGAUGAGGUAAAGAUCGCUGCGACCCUGGUGAUGAGGUAUAGAGUGGUGCAUCUCUGAGGAUGAGGUAAAGAUUGGGGUGACUCUGGUGAUGAGGUAAAGAUUGGUUCUACUCUGGUGAUGAGGUACAGAUUGGCGUGACUCUGGGGAUGAGGUAAAGAUUGGGGUGACUCUGGUGAUGAGGUAAAGAUUGGUGCUACUCUGGUGAUGAGGUAAAUAUUGGUGCGACUCUGAGGAUGAGGUAAAGAUUGGUGCUACUCUGGUGAUGAGGUAAAGAUUGGUGUGACUGGUGAUGAGGUAAAGAUCGCUGCGACCUUGGUGAUGAGGUAUAGGGUGGUGCAUCUCUGAGGAUGAGGUAAAGAUUGGGGUGACUCUGGUGAUGAGGUAAAGAUUGGUUCUACUCUGGUGAUGAGGUAAAGAGUGGCGUGACUUUGGUGAUCAGGUAUAGAUUGGUGCGUCUCUAGGGAUGAGGUAAAGAUCACUGCGACCCUGGUGAUGAGGUGACGAUUGGCGUGACUCUGGUGAUGAGGUGAAGAUCGGCGUGACGCUGGUGAUGAGGUAAAGAUUGGGGUAAAGAUUGUCACAUUGUGCUUUUCUGAAAACCUUUUACCAGAGCUCCACUACACUUCCCCUAGGUUUGAAGAAUCCGUGAGGCUGCCCCAUCAAAACAUUUCUGGAGGCUGGAUGUCAUGCUGUUCUUUGAUCUUAAAUGUGUAAAAGCAGAUUAUUUCUGUUUCCAUAAAAACGGUUGUAUGCAUGUAAAGAUGUGGGCGUGUGUUUAUUUAAAAUGUUUCAAGUGAGGCAGACGAACGUCACACAGUAACUUCGUUAAAGGCUUUGGGGCGGGGGGCGAGGGGAGACUGUGUACAUUUGAUUUUUCAUCAAACCAUUCCUUUCAAGUAGCCAUAAUGUGUGUAUUAUUUUACUAAACAUGUUAAUGUCUAAUGUUUUUUUUUGGUUGUUGAUUGAUUGAUGUAUAUCUGAGAAAGCAAUUUUUUUUUAAACAUCAGCUGUCUGUAAAGUUCUUCUAAUGCCCAGUGCCAGUACAUCUGGUGUAUUUGGUCUUGUCUUCAUACUUUUUAUUUAUAUAGAUCAUAAUUCAUCCAGUUCAGACUCAAAUACUCCUGGAGUCGUUUAGUCUGAAAUGUCCUCAAAAAGUACAUCCUGUCUCUGUAGCAGGACUGUGUUCACUACACACACACAUGCCUUGUAAAUAAAAGUAAUGCUUUGUAAACACACAUCAGAUAUCAGUUUAAACACAGUCCUUUCUGAGUGAAUAGUCUGUCUGAUACACUGUCGUGUAUCAUCGGGAAAUUAACCGAAACCCGACCUCGUCUCUGGUUUGUUAUCUCACAAGACGACGCACAACUCGUUCAGUUCUUAUUCAUGAAACAAGCUUGUUCCUGUUCUCGCUUACGUUAUAUCAGCUAUAAACAGCCGUUCCCUCACCAGCAGUAAGUUAAUAAGUCAAAAAACGAAACAAAAACAAAAGCGCAGCUUGUCGUUUUACCAAAAACACGCAAAGCGUAAACUCCUCUGUCCCGAAGAUGUCGGAAAAUUUAAAUAGACAGCUUUAUGCUGACACUGGAGGCUCCUUCCGUAAAAUGUUUGCAGUGUUUUUGUCUCUGGUUUGUUUAAAACUCACAAAACAUGUACAACUCGUUCAGUGCUUUUUAUCGGAAAUGUAACAGAACACAACUGCAUACGUCGGAGUUUCGCUAUCUGUCCUUUCAUUAUGAUGCACUACUUUCUCCUCACUACAUCACUCUACAAUCGUACAUUAAUAAAGAUGUACGAUUUAUACGAUGUAAACUUGAACAGCGAGAAUGAGACCCAAUAGAGUAAUGUGCUGCUACGUACACUUCUGUACUUACCCCGGCGGUUUGGAGUGUGACCACAUGUGGCUAGUUUCGACGGUGUCAUGCUAGCUCACAUUUCAGAGAUGAGGAACAAAGCUGACGCUAGUUAGACUUAGCUAAUGUUUUGCAACACAUUCCUUUGGUGAAAGAGGCACUGAUCUAUCGUCAGGAACCACAAAUCAGACGUCUUUCUUUUCUUUCUCGAGUCUCUCGUGUAGUCUUACUUUCACACUCUCAGUAAACUUGAGUUUAUACUUUUCUCCUUUGACUUUGGGGAAGCUUUGUAAAGCUGUCGUUUCAUCUGAACUUUUAUCAGAGAAUCUGUUGAGGAGAUCAGUAAAAGACAUGUUUACUUAUGGGGGAAAAAAUUGCAGUUCUUUUACCACCUUUGCUUAUUCUAGUGAACGAAUACGUAUACUGGAGUUUUCUUCCCAAACGUGCAUAUAGCCAGGAACGAUCAAUACCAGGUCAUAAGUGUGUGUGUUUUUUUUUUAAACAAACACAAUGAUCUGAACAGGAAUCCAGGCCUGGAGCUCUUUUGAGGACACACACACACACACACACACACACACACACACACACUAGCUACACAUAACCACAGUAUGUGCAGUAAAUCCAUUUUAAUGAGAUCUGCAUCUGUUACUUAUUGAAGUAUUUUAAUCCAGGAGAUCUAUAAAACUAUUUUCCUAUUAGGCAGUUAUUGGCUUAGCAAGACUAAGAUGCCACACACACACAUGCAUGAAAAUAGUUAUCAGUAUUAUUAGAGCUGAAAUGAUGUUUGUAUAUCUUUAUGGUGACUGGCAAAAGGUUCAUCCAGACUCUGUAACCUUAAACUAUUCCUCUUAUGACUCAGCAAGUUGCCAAUUACUUUUUAUUAUUAUUAUAAAAAAAAACAUCAAGGUGUACUUUUUUUAAAUUAUCCCUUUCUAGCUACAGUUGCAAUCAAAAUAAUUCAACCUCCCUUGCAAAUCAGGUUCAAAAUGUACAGACUUUCAGCUGUUUGCAAUGAACAAAUCAAACAAAAGCAAGUGAAACACUGGAGUAUCAGGAAAGCCUACUGGUUUCCCACUGAAGCUAAGCAGGGUUGAGCCUGGCCAGAACCUGGAUGGAGGUGAGACCUGGGGAAAAUUAACGAUGCUGCUGGAAGUGGUAUUAGUGAGGCCAGCAGGGGGCGCUCACCCUGUUGUCUCUGUGUGUUCUAAUGUCCCAGUAGAGUGAGUAUACUGUAGAAACAGCACUGUCUUUCGGAUGAGACGUUAAAUAGAGGUCCUGACUCGCUGUGGUCAAUAAAAGUCCCAGGACCCUAAUAAAAGUAGGGGUAUAAUCCCAGGGUUCUGGUGGAAUUCCACUAUUGGCCCUUCUCUAUCAUGGCCCCCUAAUAAUCCCUGUCUCUGAAUUGGCCACUAAUAUCUGGUGUGUGGUGGGAGUUCUGCAGUCGCAUCAUCAUGGUGGAUGCUACACACUAGUGGUGGUUGAGGAGAUUUCCCCCAUACUAUGUAAAGUGCUUUGAGGGUCUAGAAAAGUGCAAUAUAAAUGAAACUGUAAACAUCAUGCCAUCUUUGAGGAAGCUGAAGCUUGGGUGUCAUUGGACCUUCCAACAGGACAAUGACCCCAUGCAUACCUCAAAUUCCACCAAGGCUUGGUUGCAGAAGUAGUUCUGGAAGAUUCCUCAGGGCCAUCACAGUCACCUGACCAGAAUACCAUAGAAAAUCUCUGGUGGGAUGUGAAGGCGGCGGUUGCAGCACACAAACUCAAGAAUAUUACUGAACUGGACGCCAUAGCUCAUGAGGAACGGGAGAAGAUCCCUCAGGAAUGCUGCCAGAAGCUCUGCAUCUCGUUUGCAGCAGGUCAUAACAGCAAAAGCCUGCUCUACUAAGUACUAAAGAUACUUGCCAUGUAGGGG